AUGACAAAGCCCCACGUUGGGCAACAAUUGUUGGAAAUUUUCAAAAUGAAACUGACUGAACUACAGAAACGAAGCCUUGUCACAAGUGGCAACAAAGAAGUACUAGUUGCACGUCUGAGAGAAGCUCUCAUUGACGAAGGUAAGAACCCAGACGAAUUCAAGUUUGAUGGUGCUGACGAAGACAAUGAAAUUAGCACAGGCACGUUUACAACCGCUAAAAUGAUGGAACUUCUGCUUAGUAUGUCAACUGAAAUAAAACAGAUCAAAGAACAGUCCGAACGACAGUCCGAACGACAGACAGAGGAUUUAAAACAGAUCAAAGAACAGUCUGAACGACAGUUCGAACGACAGACAGAGGAGUUAAAACAGAUCAAAGAACAAUCCGAACGACAGUCCGAACGACAGACAGAGGAGUUAAAACAACAGAUCAAGGAACAGUCCGAACGACAGACAGAGGAGUUAAAACAGAUCAAGGACCAGCUAAAACACGUAAAAUUGGAAGUGGCAGAACAGAUUGAAGAACAGUCAACAAGAAUAGAAAUGAUCGAACAGAAACUUGAUCGUCAGACCGUUGAGGUAGAUCACAAGAUAGACAAAUUGAAGCGAGAAUUGGAGCAAUCCAAAAAAAUGGCCAUGCCGUUAGAUCACGCAUCUGGAAGAACUUUGAAGGUACCAGCAUUUGACGGAGAGAUGUCCUGGAACGUUUAUAAAACCCAGUUCGAAGCAGCGGCAACUAGUAACUGUUGGAACGGAAAAGAACGAGCAACAGCACUGAUACUGGCCCUGCGAGGUUCAGCAGCAGAGGUUCUUCAGACGAUUCCGGCGGAGAACCACUUCAACUAUGAAGUUCUGGUUAGCGCGUUGGAUUUACGUUAUAGUGAAGAACACAUGAAGCAGAUUUAUCGGUCUCAACUUAGAAACAGAACGCAACGAUCUGGUGAAUCCAUUCAGCAGCUGGCACAAGAUAUCGAACGGUUGACAUUGCUGUCGUAUCCGACAUCAGACCCCGAGCAUAGAGACGAAACUGCCCUGGAUACGUUUAUCAAAGCCCUUCGUGAUUCGGAACUCAAGCAAUCCCUUCUCUUGUCAGAUAAACGAAAACUCAAGGAUGCCGUUGCGCACAGUCUCACUUUUGAAUCGGCAAAGCAAGCAUCAAAAAGUGACGUACGUCUACGCCAAGUACAUGAAGAAUGCUCUUGCCAGAAGGUGAUUGUGAAACGCAAACCCCAACAGCAUGGUGUACCCCAAUGCUGGAUUUGUGGCGAAAAAGGCCAUCUACGUCGUGAUUGUAAACACCGCCUAAAAGAUAACUACUGCCGAAAUUGCGCGACAAGAUGGCGCAAAAGAAGAGAAGAUGAUCCCGUAUCACGAUCGGCCCCUUCUAACGAAGAGGCGGAAAACUAA